AUGUGGAUCCCUAGUAGGGAGAGGUAUGGUGACAUGGUGCCGAAGACAAUAGUUGGGAAGAUAUUUGGUUCCAUUUGCUCUCUCAGCGGGGUCUUAGUCAUUGCUCUUCCAGUUCCAGUCAUUGUCUCCAACUUCAGUCGCAUCUAUCAUCAGAACCAACGAGCCGAUAAGCGCAGGGCACAAAAGAAAGCCCGGCUUGCAAGGAUCCGUGCAGCAAAGAGUGGGAGUGCAAAUGCUUAUAUGCAGAGCAAAAGAAAUGGCUUCCUCAGUAACCAGCUGCAGCUAUAUGGUGAAGAACAAGAGGCCUUUGUUAGCAAAUCUGGUUCUUCCUUUGAAAUCCAGCACCACCAUCUGCUUCACUGUCUGGAAAAAACUACGAAUCACGAGUUUGUGGAUGAUCAAACCUAUGAAGAAAGCUGUAUGGAGGUUUCUACAAUCAACCGGCAAACUAGCCAUAGUCCUUCUCUCUCUUCUCAACAAGGAGUGACAAGCUCUUGCUGUUCCCGGCGACAUAAAAAGACAUUCCGCAUCCCAAAUACCAAUAUAAUCAGCAGCCGUCCAAGUAGUGUCCAAGAACUCAGCACUAUUCAGAUCAGGUGCAUGGAAAGAACACCUCUGUCAAACAGUCGAUCCAGUUUAAAUGCCAAAAUGGAAGAGUGUGUAAAACUAAACUGUGAGCAGCCUUAUGUAACCACAGCAAUAAUUAGCAUCCCAACACCACCUGUGACUACCCCGGAAGGAAACAAUAGACAGGAUUCUCCAGAGUAUUCAGGAGGAAACAUCGUUCGAGUAUCUGCUUUAUAA